AUGAGGAAGGCCGCGUCUGGGUCGGACUCGUUCGUCGUCACGCGUCGCCAGGCGUUCGCAUGCGUCGCCGUCCUCUUCGCCACGAUGCUCUCCCUCUCCGCGAUCUCGCACCGCCUCGGCCACACCUCCGGGUUCCGCGCCGCGCAACUAAGCCUGUCGAUCAACUCGCACUUAGCAAACACCGCGUCCGCAGUCGGGGGGCCCAUUCUUGAGACAUCUCGUAAAUCCCCUGUGGCCGGCACGGGUGGACCAGCUGUUGUGCGGCCACGUGCCAGAUGCCCUUCGUCUCCUCCCAUCCCCUUUUUCUUCUUCCCCAUCCCUCUCAGAUUCCCCCCCAUUACCGACUCCCCCAACCAGCCCACUGUGGCUAGCGCGGCGCGGGGUGGACCAGCUGGUGCGCAGCCACGUUUCCGUCUUUCCCCCCUCUUUGACCCCAACCAGCCCCCUGUGGCCGGCGCGGGUGGACCUGCUGGUGCGCAGCCACGUGUCAGAUGCUCUUCAUUCUCCUCCCAUCCCCCUGUCUUCCCCCUCAUCCACCCCCGCCCCCAUUUCCGCCUUCCCCGACUCUCCCCAAACCAGCCCCUUGUGGCCGGCGCGUGUAGACCUGCUGGUGCGCAGCCACGUGUCAGAUGCUUAUUUUCUGAUAGAGGUGCUGUUCAGGAGCCCCCCGUCUCCUCACAUCCCCUAUUUCCCCCCAACCAGCCCCCUGUGGCCAGCACGUGUAGACCUGCUGGUGCGCAGCCACGUGUCAGACGCCCUUCUUUCUCCUUCCAUCCCCCACCUUUUUCUUCCCAUCUCCCCUUCUUUUCUCCCCCAAUCGCCCCCGUCUCCCCCCUAACCAGCCCCCUGUGGCCGGCGCGUGUGGACCUGCUGGUGCGCAGCCACGUGUCAGAUGCUUACUUUCUGAUAGAGGUGCUGUUCAGGAGCAUCGAGCAGAUGUGGCCACGUGGCAUUGGUGACGUCAUCCUGGUGCUGGACGAAGGCGAGAUCGUUGUCAGGGACCUCGUGCCGCCCUGGGUCAAGGUAUACUACGAGACGAACUACCUGGAUCUGCCAGGGAAGAUUCUCCAGCAGUGGAGCUACCUGUGGGCCGACAACUACACCACGGCGCCCUACAUUGCCAUCAUCGACGAUGAUGUUGUCUUCAACCUCAAGGUGACCCCGGGUCUCCUGUUCAAUCUAACCGAGGGCAAGCCGAUAGUGAUCGGGUCGCGCAACGCGCAGCGCAACAACUGGCUGCCGUCCACGCGCUGGCUGGUGGGGCAGCACGCCUACUUCGCCAACUUCAUGGUGCAGCUGCCCUUCGUCUUCCCACGGGACGUGCUGCCGCGGUUCAGGGAGCACGUGGGGGAAUUGCAUCGGGACAAGUUUGGGAAGAGCUUUGACAAGGCAUUUAAGUACUUUGCGGAACGAGGUCCAAAGUUUGAACGGACGCAGAUCGCCCACACGACUCUGGGCAACUACAUGUGGGCCUUCACUCAGGACGAGGUGAGCAGGCAGGGAUGGGACCACGUGAGCAGGCAGGGAUGGGACCACGUGAGCAGGCAGGGAUGGGACCACGUGAGCAGGCAGGGAUGGGACCACGUGAGCAGGCAGGGAUGGGACCACGUGAGCAGGCAGGGAUGGGACCACGUGAGCAGGCAGGGAUGGGACCACGUGACCAGGCAGGGAUGGGACCACGUGACCAGGCAGGGAUGGGACCACGUGAGCAGGCAGGGAUGGGACCACGUGAGCAGGCAGGGAUGGGACCACGUGAGCAGGCAGGGAUGGGACCACGUGAGCAGGCAGGGAUGGGACCACGUGAGCAGGCAGGGAUGGGACCAUGUGAGCAGGCAGGGAUGGGACCAUGUGAGCAGGCAGGGACGGGACCACAAUGGACCGACCACGUACCCAUUCCCCGAGUGGGCGAGCACAUACCAACUCUUCCCCGAGUGGGCGAGCACAUACCAACUCUUCCCCGAGUGGGCGAGCACAUACCAACUCUUCCUCGAGUGGGCGAGCACAUACCAACUCUUCUCCGAGUGGGCGAGCACAUACCAACUCUUCCCCGAGUGGGCGAGCACAUACCAACUCUUCCCCGAGUGGGCGAGCACAUACCAACUCUUCCCCGAGUGGGCGAGCACAUACCAACUCUUCCUCGAGUGGGCGAGCACAUACCAACUCUUCCCCGAGUGGGCGAGCACAUACCAACUCUUCCCCGAGUGGGCGAGCACAUACCAACUCUUCCCCGAGUGGGCGAGCACAUACCAACUCUUCCCCGAGUGGGCGAGCACAUACCAACUCUUCCCCGAGUGGGCGAGCACAUACCAACUCUUCCCCGAGUGGGCGAGCACAUACCCAAUUCUGUUUCUUAUACGUCGUCUCCCCUCUCUCACGCACCCCAACCCCCACCUCUGCUCUCCCCCAUCAGGUGCACUGGGCGCUAGAGUGGACCGACCACAUACCCAUUCCCCGCGUGAGAGCGCACAUACCCUACUCUGCUUCUCAUGCUUCCUCAUCACCCUCUCCGCUUCUCCCCAUCACCUCUCCCCCAUCAGGUGCACUGGGCUUUAG